CAUCUUACCGCAUUUUGAGACAUUGUCGAUUUCAAUCUUCGGCUUCCGAUCUGAUUCGAAGAGCGAUGCUUGAGGAGGACGGAGAUUCGAGCAGUAGCACCUGGGUACUCUUCAUUCCAGUAGCUGGGAAAGAGCUCGGGGGAUCCGUGCGCCUGCCGCAAGCAAGAGCUAACCAGAAGUUACUUAGUCUACUUGAUUUCUUCAACUCAUCCAUGACAGACAGGAUUUGUACUGAUUAUAACCGAAUAUAGUAUUUUCCUUUCUAGGUUGAUACAAAGCCAUGGCAGGAAGCACGAAAAAGAAAGAUUUCCAGAAAACCAAGCAUAGAGUCGGCAAAGCUAAGCCGAAGCCCACAAAUGCGACGAAUACAAGCUUCAAAGCGAAAUCAAUCACUGUCAAACAACAGGCCCUCAGUACAACUGCGCCAAACUCAUCCUCACAGUUCGCCCACUACCUAGCACUAGUAACACACAAAGGAGACUCACAGCGUCGAGACGCCGUAGCUUUUCUGACAACAGCUGUGACGUCGACUCCCCCAAAUCAGCCACUUCCCCAGCCCGUCUCGGUCAUAAUCGAGAAGUCGCAGCAACUUAUUCUGGACGGAACUCGCUCGGUUAGAGAACAGUUGUUGAAACUGUAUCAAAGCUUGCCUCCCACAGAGAUUGAUGUCCGUUCCAGCGAAAGCUUACUAUUGUACAUCAGAGCAGCAAUGACUCAUCUCUCGAGUGAAAUAAGAAACUCAUCCCUCGACUUUCUUGGGUGGCUGCUGCAAGUCGACGGAACCGGAGCUGUAUCGUCGCAAGGAGGCUGGGUCAAAACUCUUCAAUGCUUUGUUAGUUUACUUGGCUGGAGAGAACAUACUGCCACUGGCGCCUGGACGGGCCCUAAACUAUCCUUCGGCAAUGCUGGAUCUGAUGUAAAGGCCAUGGCAAAACAGCUCCAAGCACUAGCUGCCUUCAUUAGAGCAGGAUUGCACCCACAUAACCGUGACUCAGACGGUAUUCAGAAUGCAGAUUCUUGGUUCCCCCUCCGGAAUACCGAGUCGCAUCUGAUUUCGGGGCGUUCAAAUGCAUUUAGCUAUCUGAGCCUUCACGGUGCAACCCGGAAUGAGGAUACAGAAAUGUACGAAGACCGAGAAGAUCGACAGCGUAUUUUCCAUGCUCUGUUUCAAAACGCAAUCACGAAAGGGGUUCAGCAAGCACAAAGGGAGGCAGGGGAGAUGGGACGAGCCUCCGUGCAGGUAAAAAAAGCCGUAUCUGACGGGAUGGCCGACUUCGUCGACGAAUGAAUGAAUGAUGGAAAUUGAUAGGUCGCCAGGAUACGAGGGUACCACCUGAACACGGCCUUUCAAUUCCAACAUCGAGUUCACCCGAGAACAUUCUUUGUUACUCGAAUAUAAUUCAUGCAUGGCAGGAUGAAAUUCUUCAGGAAAGGGCAUCAUGACUACUAAAGAACCGGAUUCUAUUUGGUUGAUUUAUACCAGUCAGGACCGUAACUUCGAACAGUGGGAAAGCAAUCAAGACAAGCGACUCUGGCACCUCUCCUGUACACAUGCAUACGCUUGAACACGUCCGCCAGCCCGGCUGUCAAUUUAGACAUCUCUG